AUGACCUACACAGGAAAGGACCAGACUGAAGUGCAGAAGGGCCACACAGAAUUGGAACUAUUUGGAGAGGAGAUGCUGACCCUCUGGCUCCUGCCUCUUCUGCUUCAGCUCCCAAUUUCUCAGUUUGUUACUGCCAAGACAGGGCUCAAUCAGAAUGGGACCAUCUGGGACUCAGGAGGGUGUGCCUUUUCUAAGAACCUUAGUGCCCCAGAGUGCCAGUGGCAGAAGGCUCUCUAUGAUUCAGAUAUACACUUCAGAGAUGAUACUGGCAACACAUCCAAGAACACACCAGAAAAAAUCUACCCUUAUCCUCAAAACAGAGGGAUACAUCCAACUUCCCUCAGGACUAUAGACACUACCUCCAAAGAGAAGAGUACCACUAAGGGCAACACCACAGAGACAGUCACCACUACACAGGCAACAACAGAAACAAUCCCUUCUUCCUCUCCAACUUUCUCUACCAUGACAGAGACCACCUCCACAGAGGAGAGUACCACUCAGACCAGUACCAGCUCUAGUACCCUAGGAACAACAGAAACAAGCACCACUUAUCCUGGAACCACAAACACAAUCACAACUUCUCCCACGUCCACAGAAACUGGCACCACUGCACAGGCAACAACAGAAACAAUCACUCCUUCCUCCACAACCUCAGACACAGUUCCAACUUUCUCUAGUACAACAGAGAGCACUUCCACAGAGGAGAGUACCACUAAGGGCAGCAGCACAGAGACUGCCACCACUGCACAGGCAACAACAGAAACAAUCACUUCUUCCUCUCCAACUUUCUCUACCAUGACAGAGACCACCUCCACAGAGGAGAGUACCACUGAGACCAGUACCAGCUCUAGUACCCUAGGAACAACAGAAACAAGCACCACUUAUCCUGGAACCACAAACACAAUCACAACUUCUCCCACUUCCACAGAAACUGCCACCACUGCACAGGCAACAACAGAAACAAUCACUCCUUCCUCCACAACCUCAGACACAGUUCCAACUUUCUCUAGUACAACAGAGAGCACUUCCACAGAGGAGAGUACCACUAAGGGCAGCAGCACAGAGACUGCCACCAUUCCACAGGCAACAACAGAAACAAUCACUUCUUCCUCUCCAACUUUCUCUACCGUGACAGAGACCACCUCCACAGAGGAGAGUACCACUCAGACCAGUACCAGCUCCAGUACCCUAGGAACAACAGAAACAAGCACCACUUAUCCUGGAACCACAAACACAAUCACAACUUCUCCCAUGUCCACAGAAACUGCCACCACUGCACAGGUAACAACAGAAACAAUCACUCCUUCCUCCACGACAUCAGAAACAAUUCCAACUUUCUCUAGUACAACAGAGAGCACUUCCACAGAGGAGAGUACCACUAAGGGCAGCAGCACAGAGACUGCCACUAUUCCACAGGCAACAACAGAAACAAUCACUUCUUCCUCUACAACUUUCUCUACCAUGACAGAGACCACCUCCACAGAGGAGAGUACCACGGAGACCAGUACCAGCUCCAGUACCCUAGGAACAACAGAAACAAGCACCUCUUAUCCUGGCACUUCAGACACCAUAACAACUUCUCCCACCUCCACAGAAACUGGCACCACUGCACAGGCAACAACAGAAACAAUCACUCCUUCCUCCACAACCUCAGACACAAUUCCAACUUUCUCUAGUACAACAGAGAGCACUUCCACAGAGGAGAGUACCACUAAGGACAGCAGCACAGAGACUGCCACCACUGCACAGGCAACAACAGAAACAAUCACUCCUUCCUCCACAACCUCAGACACAAUUCCAACUUUCUCUAGUACAACAGAGAGCACUUCCACAGAGGAGAGUACCACUAAGGACAGCAGCACAGAGACUGCCACCACUGCACAGGCAACAACAGAAACAAUCACUUCUUCCUUUACAACUUUCUCUACCAUGACAGAGACCACCUCCACAGAGGAGAGUACCACUCAGACCAGUACCAGCUCCAGUACCCUAGGAACAACAGAAACAAGCACCUCUUAUCCUGGAACCACAAACACAAUCACAACUUCUCCCACGUCCACAGAAACUGGCACCACUGCACAGGCAACAACAGAAACAAUCACUUCUUCCUCUCCAACUUUCUCUACCAUGACAGAGACCACCUCCACAGAGGAGAGUACCACUGAGACCAGUACCAGCUCCAGUACCCUAGGAACAACAGAAACAAGCACCUCUUAUCCUGGCACUUCAGACACCAUAACAACUUCUCCCACGUCCACAGAAACUGGCACCACUGCACAGGCAACAACAGAAACAAUCACUCCUUCCUCCACAACCUCAGACACAAUUCCAACUUUCUCUAGUACAACAGAGAGCACUUCCACAGAGGAGAGUACCACUAAGGACAGCAGCACAGAGACUGCCACCACUGCACAGGCAACAACAGAAACAAUCACUUCUUCCUUUACAACUUUCUCUACCAUGACAGAGACCACCUCCACAGAGGAGAGUACCACUCAGACCAGUACCAGCUCAAGUACCCUAGGAACAACAGAAACAAGCACCUCUUAUCCUGGCACUUCAGACACCAUAACAACUUCUCCCACGUCCACAGAAACUGGCACCACUGCACAGGCAACAACAGAAACAAUCACUCCUUCCUCCACAACCUCAGACACAAUUCCAACUUUCUCUAGUACAACAGAGAGCACUUCCACAGAGGAGAGUACCACUAAGGACAGCAGCACAGAGACUGCCACCACUGCACAGGCAACAACAGAAACAAUCACUUCUUCCUUUACAACUUUCUCUACCAUGACAGAGACCACCUCCACAGAGGAGAGUACCACUCAGACCAGUACCAGCUACAGUACCCUAGGAACAACAGAAACAAGCACCUCUUAUCCUGGCACUUCAGACACCAUAACAACUUCUCCCACCUCCACAGAAACUGCCACCACUGCACAGGCAACAACAGAAACAAUCACUCCUUCCUCCACAACCUCAGACACAAUUCCAACUUUCUCUAGUACAACAGAGAGCACUUCCACAGAGGAGAGUACCACUAAGGACAGCAGCACAGAGACUGCCACCACUGCAGAGGCAACAACAGAAACAAUCACUCCUUCCUCCACAACCUCAGACACAAUUCCAACUUUCUCUAGUACAACAGAGAGCACUUCCACAGAGGAGAGUACCACUAAGGACAGCAGCACAGAGACUGCCACCACUGCACAGGCAACAACAGAAACAAUCACUUCUUCCUUUACAACUUUCUCUACCAUGACAGAGACCACCUCCACAGAGGAGAGUACCACUCAGACCAGUACCAGCUACAGUACCCUAGGAACAACAGAAACAAGCACCUCUUAUCCUGACACUUCAGACACCAUAACAACUUCUCCCACGUCCACAGAAACUGGCACCACUGCACAGGCAACAACAGAAACAAUCACUUCUUCCUCUCCAACUUUCUCUACCAUGACAGAGACCACCUCCACAGAGGAGAGUACCACUGAGACCAGUACCAGCUCCAGUACCCUAGGAACAACAGAAACAAGCACCUCUUAUCCUGGCACUUCAGACACCAUAACAACUUCUCCCACCUCCACAGAAACUGGCACCACUGCACAGGCAACAACAGAAACAAUCACUUCUUCCUCUCCAACUUUCUCUACCAUGACAGAGACCACCUCCACAGAGGAGAGUACCACUGAGACCAGUACCAGCUCCAGUACCCUAGGAACAACAGAAACAAGCACCUCUUAUCCUGGCACUUCAGACACCAUAACAACUUCUCCCACCUCCACAGAAACUGGCACCACUGCACAGGCAACAACAGAAACAAUCACUCCUUCCUCCACAACCUCAGAGACAAUUCCAACUUUCUCUAGUACAACAGAGAGCACUUCCACAGAGGAGAGUACCACUAAGGACAGCAGCACAGAGACUGCCACCACUGCACAGGCAACAACAGAAACAAUCACUUCUUCCUUUACAACUUUCUCUACCAUGACAGAGACCACCUCCACAGAGGAGAGUACCACUCAGACCAGUACCAGCUCCAGUACCCUAGGAACAACAGAAACAAGCACCUCUUAUCCUGGCACUUCAGACACCAUAACAACUUCUCCCACGUCCACAGAAACUGGCACCACUGCACAGGCAACAACAGAAACAAUCACUCCUUCCUCCACAACCUCAGACACAAUUCCAACUUUCUCUAGUACAACAGAGAGCACUUCCACAGAGGAGAGUACCACUAAGGACAGCAGCACAGAGACUGCCACCACUGCACAGGCAACAACAGAAACAAUCACUUCUUCCUUUACAACUUUCUCUACCAUGACAGAGACCACCUCCACAGAGGAGAGUACCACUCAGACCAGUACCAGCUACAGUACCCUAGGAACAACAGAAACAAGCACCUCUUAUCCUGGAACCACAAACACAAUCACAACUUCUCCCACGUCCACAGAAACUGGCACCACUGCACAGGCAACAACAGAAACAAUCACUUCUUCCUCUCCAACUUUCUCUACCAUGACAGAGACCACCUGCACAGAAGAGAGUACCACUGAGACCAGUACCAGCUCCAGUACCCUAGGAACAACAGAAACAAGCACCUCUUAUCCUGGCACUUCAGACACCAUAACAACUUCUCCCACGUCCACAGAAACUGGCACCACUGCACAGGCAACAACAGAAACAAUCACUCCUUCCUCCACAACCUCAGACACAAUUCCAACUUUCUCUAGUACAACAGAGAGCACUUCCACAGAGGAGAGUACCACUAAGGACAGCAGCACAGAGACUGCCACCACUGCAGAGGCAACAACAGAAACAAUCACUCCUUCCUCCACAACCUCAGACACAAUUCCAACUUUCUCUAGUACAACAGAGAGCACUUCCACAGAGGAGAGUACCACUAAGGACAGCAGCACAGAGACUGCCACCACUGCACAGGCAACAACAGAAACAAUCACUUCUUCCUUUACAACUUUCUCUACCAUGACAGAGACCACCUCCACAGAGGAGAGUACCACGGAGACCAGUACCAGCUCCAGUACCCUAGGAACAACAGAAACAAGCACCUCUUAUCCUGGCACUUCAGACACCAUAACAACUUCUCCCACGUCCACAGAAACUGGCACCACUGCACAGGCAACAACAGAAACAAUCACUCCUUCCUCCACAACCUCAGACACAAUUCCAACUUUCUCUAGUACAACAGAGAGCACUUCCACAGAGGAGAGUACCACUAAGGACAGCAGCACAGAGACUGCCACCACUGCACAGGCAACAACAGAAACAAUCACUUCUUCCUUUACAACUUUCUCUACCAUGACAGAGACCACCUCCACAGAGGAGAGUACCACAGAAGCCAGUACCAGCACUCCUGAGACUAGUACUGUUAUCCUGGAAACAACAGGACCCAGUACUACUUCUCCUGGCAUCUCAGAUAUAAUCCCAACUUCUCCCAACUCCACAGAGUCUGGCACUACUCCCCAGGGAACAGCAGAAAUAAGUACCUCUUCCUCUGGAACCUCAGGCACAAUGAGUUCUCCCACUACCAAAGUUUCCACCCCCACACUAGUGAGUACCAUGCAGCCUAGCACCACAUGGAUCAAUGCCACAGAGUCAGGAACCACAAAAUCUUCAACCACGGUUUCUAUCACAACCAUUCCAACCACCAAUAAACCAGCUACUACAGCACUAUUUUGCUUAAAUGGAGGUACACCGGAUGGAAACAUCUGUAACUGUCCCACUGGUUACAGUGGAAAGUGGUGUGAGAAAGAGAACAUCAUCUGCCAAAAUGGAGGCUUUUGGGAUGAGAUCAAAUGCAUCUGCCCUGACCCUUACUAUGGCCCUAAAUGUGAAAUGAUUUCAGAAAGCAUUACAAUCGAGCCUCCUCCAGAAAAGGUCAAUGCUACUGUGGAAGUGACAGUGUCCGUGACCAAUAUGGAGUUUACAGAGGAUCUAAAAAAUGAAUCCUCUGAGGUCUAUAAGAAUUUCAUUGAAGAUUUCAAAAACAAGAUGGCUGAAAUUUACAAAAACAUCCCAAACUAUGUUGGUGUGAAGAUCACGAACAUUUUUGAAGGCAGUAUAGUGGUGGAACAUGAGGUGAUCUUGUCGACCAAUUUUACUCCAAAUUUCAAAACUGAAUUGGAGGCUGUCACACAGAAGGUACAGGAAACAAUUAAAAAAGUAACUACGGAGCAAGUAGACAAUGGCAGCACAAACUGCAGUGGAUUCUGUUUCAAUCCCAAUAGGACAACAGUGAGUGACCCAGUAUUUCUGUACGAUCCUGAAGUGGAAUGCAAAAACAAAGUUAGAGAUGAAUUUAAGAAAUUCUUCUUCAUUGACUACCAGAAUGGGGAACCACAAUGCAUUAGCAAAUGCAUGCCUAACUUCAAGUCCUCAAUAGACUGCCACCAGGGAAAGUGUCAGCUGGAGCCUUGGACUGGGCCUCGAUGCUUCUGUUUCAACACAGACACACAUUGGUACAGAGGAGAAACCUGUACCCUCAGCACCAGUAAGAACCUGGUGUAUGGGCUGGUGGGAGCCUUAGGUGUAGUGGUGUUGGUCACCAUUGUCACCCUCACUGCCUUCAUGUACCGUUCCCAGAAGAAGACCCAAAGGCAAAAGGCCAAGCUGGAUCAAGCAUAUAAAUGGCAUGAAGAGGAUGGAGGACCAGCCCCCGGGAGCUUCCAGAACAUAGGCUUUGACAUCUAUGACGAACAAGAGAAUUCCCUUCAAAUGGAUUCCAUCUACAGUAAUUUCCAGCCCUCCUUGGGUCACGUUGAUCCUGAAAAGAAGAUCCAUAUCCAAAGGCCACAGGUUGUAAUGACCUCAGUCUGAGCAAUAACACGUCAGCACAGGGAGGAAAGCUAAAGCUGAAGAAUACCUGAAGGUGCAACCCUGCAUGGAGACAAGAGUGGCUUCAGCUGUAACUGCCAAGGAAACCAGAAGUGCCAAAUUCUCAGUUAGCAAGUGGAGAAACAGAGGCCUAGGCUUUGCUGAUGUGAGAUUUUGUAUGCAAAUUGCUUUGUAAAUCACAAGUGCUAUAGAAAUUUGAUCUGUUGUUAUUAUUAUUAUUACUACUACUACUGUUAUUAUUGUUUGUUAUUAUUAUGGUAUUCUUGACCUCCAAUGAUGACAGGAGCCUCCGAUGGCAUACAGAGGAGAAAGCUCUGAAGUAAAGA